AUGGCGGAUUAUAGAGAAUACAUCCCUUCCUUACAACCUCAUAUCUCCGAUCAUUCAUCUGAGCACAACCCUCCUCCAAGCGUCCAAGCAUGCGGAGGAAGCUCAGAGAUACUCCAAGACAAUACUACAAGGAAACCUAGAGGUAGGCCUCCAGGUUCUAAAAAUAAACCCAAAACUCCCAUUGUUAUAACCAGAGAUAACGAUUCAGCUAUAAAGCCAGCGGUUCUCCAAAUCCCCGCUGGUUUUGACGUUAUUGAAAAUAUCAUCAAUUUUGCCCGUAUAUACCAUGUCAAUGCUAGUAUAAUCAGUGCUACCGGCUCUGUUUCAGACGUCAUUCUCCGAUAUCCUUCUCCUCAAGGGACGCCAUAUUGUUUUGCCGGAACCUUUAAGAUACUCUCCUUGUCUGGCUCAUUCUUUGCUGAUCAUAGUACUACACUGACACCAUGCUCUUCUUUUAAGAUAAUUCUUUCAGGAGAACAAAUCCAAUUCUUAGGAGGGAUAGUAGUCGGGAGACUAAUGACAGCAACGCCAGUGACCGUGGCAGUGGUUACUUUUGCAAACCCUUCGUUUCAUAAGCUUCCGUAUGAAGGAGAUAACAAAGAUAAUCAUCACAAAACAAUGCUUUGUAACAUUGAUGGUGCCACCCAAUGUUACACUCCAUAUUCCUUGGGCUUCUCCCUAAAAAACGAAUUGACAUAUAUGAAAAACUUAACUCCUUCGUGA